UGCAGUGCUGCGAGUGGCCGGGAGUCGGGAGGCUGGGAUCUGGGAGGCUGGAGCUGCCGCUGCUGCGAUCACAGGCACCGGGAGGAGGAUAUACAGCGCUGCUGCUGCGGGCUCUGGAUUACCGGCAUUGGGGAGCGGGCAUGUCCCAUCCGUGCACCGGGCGCCGGCUGUGGAGGAGACGCGCCCUGGAAGAUGCUUCUCUCUGCUGAGGGCUCUCGGAUCGCGCAGGACACCCCCCGGGGGAAGCGGCAGACACCGGACUCCCGGCUGCCCGGCGGUAUCGGGGCGCCCCGGGGCUGUGCUGGAUUGUGCCCGAAACUUUCCCCGGAUCUCUCCUUAUGUAGGAGCGGAGCCUGCCCGGGAUUAUGCUGAGCUCUGCGGAGGACCCGACACCCGUCCAGGUCCCGCAGAUGAGGUGAAGCGAAUUUAGCAGAGCAAGAGAUAACUCAAGUAACGGAUCACCUUCCAAGAAGCACUGUGCCAAAAGCCUGCUCAGUUUCAAUAACUUUAUCCUACAAAGUGAUUAAUGAGCACUUCAGUCUGUAUGGGUAGUGAGCAAUCCUGGCUAAUGAGACUGCCAUAUCUCCAUCCGUGGCAUGAGACGUCUGCAUCGAAGGAUUACUUCACCUUCAGCUGUGAGGAGCUUUCUUCUUGCCGGAUGGCCAGACAAAAGCACAUUAAAUGCUGAAAUUUGCACUCCGUGUUGGCUUUUGCACCUCUCAUUUUAGCAAAGGCCUUUUGUUUUUUGCAGACCAGAAAUGGGCCUUCGGACAGAAUUUUGGCCCAAGGACUGGGUGGUAUUUUUGAAAUCCUGGGUCCUGUUUUCACUUGGGCUCUCCAUGCAGAUUACCCUCUCCCGGGCAUGCCCCACUGUGUGCCGCUGUGACCGGAACUUUGUCUACUGUAAUGAGCGGAGUUUGACCUCAGUGCCUCUUGGGAUUCCGGAGGGUGUAACCGUGCUCUACCUCCACAAUAACCAAAUUAACAAUGCUGGAUUCCCAGCAGAACUGCACAACGUCCAGUCAGUGCACACGGUUUAUCUGUAUGGCAACCAGUUGGACGAGUUUCCCAUGAACCUUCCCAAGAAUGUCAGAGUGCUUCACCUGCAGGAGAACAAUAUUCAGACAAUUUCAAGGGUAGCACUGGCACAGCUUUUAAAACUGGAAGAGCUUCAUUUAGAUGAUAACUCCAUCUCAACGGUUGGUGUGGAAGAUGGAGCCUUUCGUGAGGCCGUUAGCCUGAAGCUGCUGUUUCUGUCCAAGAACCAUUUAAGCAGUGUACCGGUUGGUCUUCCAUUUGAUUUACAGGAGUUAAGGUUGGAUGAAAACCGCAUUGCCAGGAUUUCAGACCAGGCUUUCCAAAACCUGACCAGUUUGGAACGUUUAAUACUAGACGGCAAUCUCCUCACCAACAAAGGUAUCGCAGAUGGCACAUUCAGCCACUUAUCCAAGCUUAAGGAGUUUUCUAUGGUACGUAAUUCUCUCACCAGUCCUCCUACUGAUCUCCAGGGCACCUAUUUGGUAAAGCUAAACCUGCAAGACAACCAAAUCAACCACAUCCCGGUGUCAGCCUUUUCCAAACUGCACAAGCUCGAGAGAUUGGAUAUUUCAAACAACCGCCUCCAGUUGUUGGUGAAAGGAGUCUUUGAUAACUUAACUAAUCUUAAACAGUUAACUGCACGCAACAACCCUUGGUUUUGCGAUUGCAGCAUUAGAUGGGUUACAGAGUGGCUUAAAUCUCUGCCAGCCGCCAUCAACGUCCGUGCUUUCAUGUGCCAAGGGCCAGAGCAUUUUCGGGGAAUGGCCGUAAGAGAGCUCAAUGUGAAUCUAUUAUCCUGUCCGACCACCACUCCAGGUUUACCAACCACUACACAACCGCCUCCAACAACUGCUCCAACUACUCUGCCACCUGUGGAGAUUAUCACUACACCCACUAUAGCACCUACAGUUCCGACACCCACUCCGUCACUAAUACCCCUCACCGUGCCUGACCUAGAAACCAUAGUCACCGAGAAAGUGACCCCACCCAUCCGAGAACGAAUCCAACUCUCCGUUCGUUUAUUUAAUGACACCUGCAUCCAGGUCAGCUGGCUGUCCUUCAUUACAGUCAUCUCCUACAAGCUGACUUGGGUAAAGAUGGGACACAGUUUGGUCGAGGGGAUUGUCCAUGAAAGGAUAGUGAGCGGAGAGAAGCAACAUUUGAGUUUGUUAAACCUAGAACCCAAGUCCACUUACAGGAUUUGUUUAGUUCCCUUGGAUGCUUUUAACAACUAUCAAGCAGGUGAAGAAACUGCCUGUGCCGAGGCCACCACAAGGGCUUCCCUAUUAAAUAACGGGAGCAACAGCCCCUCCAGCCAUGAGCAGCCAACUACACAGAGCCUGGGCUCCCCGUUUAUGCUGGCCGGGCUGAUUGGGGGGGCAGUCAUUUUUGUACUUGUUGUCCUUCUCAGCAUCUUCUGCUGGCAUAUGCACAAAAAGGGUCGCUACACAUCUCAGAAGUGGAAAUACAACCGUGGGCGCCGGAAAGAUGACUAUUGCGAAGCAGGAACUAAGAAGGACAAUUCAAUCCUGGAGAUGACGGAAACCAGCUUCCAGAUAGUCUCCUUAAACAAUGACCAGCUCCUUAAAGGAGGUUUCAGACUGCAGCCCAUAUACGCCCCAAAUGGGGGCAUUACUUACACAGACUGUCACAUCCCCAAUAAUUUGAGGUACUGCAACAAUAGCAGCGUUCCAGAUUUGGAACUCUGUCACACGUGAUGACAUUACUGUCUGGGCUUUGGUGGAGGCCACAGGCUAGGAUACAAAAAGACUGAAUUUGCAAAAACGGAACAAAGACACACACACACAAAAAAAUUUUACAUUUGAUAAAUGUUAGGCAGAUGCAUUUGUGCAUCGGAAUACUCUGUAAUUUAUACGGUGUACUAUAUAAUGGAAUUUAAAACAAAAAGUGCUAUCUUUUCUAUUCCCAGUUCAUUGCAAACAGUUUUGUAACUCUUUGCUUUUUAAAUCUUUAAAAAUGCUGAAGUACUGUACAGGGUUGUACAAUAAUAACCCAUUUGCCAUGAUAAAGAAAUGACCCGUUGUGUA